UUUACAGAUUCGUUCAAUUAAUUUCUAACUUUUGAAAAACAAAACCAACAAAAAAAACAGAUUAAAUAUUCCCUUUUCUUGUGUCUAAUUUGUCACGUAUACGUUCGGUUGCAGAUACUUAAAAAAAAAAAACAAACACAUACAAAAAAAAAAAAUAAAAAAAAGAAACAAAAAACGAAAUCUAAAAAAGAGAUCAACCACACAAAAAUGAGCGUGAUAAUAAGACUACAGAAUCUAGCAUGGUCUGCCAACGCAUUGGACAUCCGCCAAUUUUUCAGAGGGCUGAGUAUACCGGAAGGCGGAGUGCAUAUUGUUGGUGGCGAACUGGGAGAUGCGUUUAUAGCGUUCAGCACGGACGAGGAUGCGCGUCAGGCGAUGAUGCAAGAUGGGGGUAAGAUCAAGGAGAUGAAAAUAAAGCUGUUGCUAAGUUCGCGGACGGAAAUGCAGAAGGUGAUAGAAGCAGCUAGACAACAAACGUUGCACCUUCAAUCGUUUAUACAGACAGCAGCGGCAGCAGCACCACCACCGGUUGCAGUACCGACUCCAGUUGUUUCUGCUAAGCCUGCAUCACCAAACGAUAGAAGGGAAAAGGACAAUGACAGCGAAUCGAGUAAGGAUCGAAAGGAGAGACGCGAUAGAUCAAGAUCGAGAGAUAGGUCACGUUCGCGUGAUCGUGACAGGGAUCGGGAUAGACGUGACAGGGAUAGGAAUCGUGAUCGUAGACGUCGUGACAGGAGCAGAUCGAGGGACAGAGAACGCGAUCGUCGGGACAGACGUCGUCGUCGCGAUCGUUCAAGAUCGCGUGAUCGUACUCGUUCUAGGGACAGGGACGUUAAACGUAAUUCCACGGGAGAACGUCGCAAAGAUGCUAACGAUGACGAUAAUAAUGACGUAGUAUGCGUAGGACAAUUUCAUAAAGAUAAUAAAUCCGUGUCUGGUAGUGGUGGUGGUGGUGGUGGUGGUAAUAGUAUUGGCGUUGGUGGUGGUGGUUCGGCUAAAAAACCUCCUAUCGUUGAAAAUGGUAUAUGGGAAGUACCACCUCAGACUCAAAUUCAAGCAACACUUUUAACACCGGGAAUUUUAGGAGCGGGCGUGGCCGCUUUGUCCCAAGAUGGCGAGCAACGAUCCAUGACCUUUGGUAAUUCCGUUCUUGGACAACAAUCAUUGCUACAAUCGAAUCAAUUUUCCUUGAACGGUUUGAACGGUGUAGGAAAUCUUAUGCAGCCUCAUGUUCAGACGUUAACCGGCCAUGCGGUCGGCAUGAAUUCACUUCCUCCAAACUUAGCUAACGCGUCCUUGCCAAGCCUCACUAGCGGUAUUGGUAAUUUAAAUCGUCCGAAAGAACCUUGGAAUCAAAAUGAUCAAGGCAGAAUGGAUCAAGUCAGAUUUCCAGGUAGAGCGAAUCAAUUAGGAUCACAGGAUGCUUACAUGUAUGGGCCCAAUAAUGGUGCCAUCAAUUGUAGACCCGGUCUGAGACCAAAUAACGUUUUUUUGAGCAAAGUACAGGAAUUAGAGGGUCGUCGUAAUCCACAUGCUUUCCAAGCUGUUGCUUCGGCUGCUGUUUCGCAAUAUGGUAACUUUGAAAAUGGUCCAGAUCGGCAAACGUCCGGACGAAAUUCCAACAGUUCAUCGAGAUUUUCAAAUGAUAAAUCUAGCUCUAAUGGUUAUUGCGUAGAAGUACGUAAUAUGCCAUUGAAUGCUACGUACACGGACGUACGACAUGCAUUCCAAGGUAUCUUUAUCAGAAAAGAUGGUUUAAAACUGAUCAAUGAUAAUCAUGGUAAUCGAGUUGGUAUUGCAUAUAUCAAGUUUAGUAAAGCGGAAGGUAAGGAAAUUGCUUUAUCAAUUCCAAGAUACGUUCGCGGUUCUGAAGUUGAAGUUCUUCAUUUGGACGAGAGUAUUUUCGAUAAAGCUGCAGAUUCCUAUGCACCAGAUAAAGAAGACGAAGCAGACGUUAGAAACUCUACUUGCAUUCUUUUGACGGAUUUACCGUCUUUCACCAAAGAAAUGGACAUAGCUAAAUUGUUCCACGACUGGAAGAUAAAUGAUUUAUUUAUUACGAAUAUCAAGGAAUCCGGGAGUACGCAUUAUGUGGCAUACGUGCAAUUCGCUAGAUUAGAAGAUGCUAAAUCGUCUCUCGGUACUUCUUUGAAGAUCGGUAACAAACAGGUAACUGCGACCGCCAUUUCUGAAGAUAAAUUUGCACAAGCGAAACGAGAACAUGAAAAUGGUAUGACUCAAAAUACUACUUCGGAUUGUAUUAUCAUGCGUGGGUUGUCAUUCCAAACGUUGGAUCGAGACGUUCACGAUUACUUUUCCGAUAUUGGAAUCGUACCACGACGUACACAUAUGAUAUUAAAUCAGAACGGUAAACCUACUGGCGAUUGUUUCUGCGAAUUUGAAACUACCGACGAAGCACUUAGGGCAACGGCAAAGAACGGAGUACCUUUUGGUAAGAACAUACCAACGAUCGAGUUAAUAUCGCGAGUUCACAUGUUGGAGACCCUAGAAAUGACCGAUCCUCAAUUGCUAGAAGUUCAGCAGCAACAACAGCAACAACAACAUUAUCCACCACCACAGGACGCACGGCCAAGAUUUGCUGGACCUAUGCAAAAUCACAUGCCACGUUUUGGUAACUCUGCAUUUGGUCCCAGGUGUCCUCCAGGUUUGAUGGGUAUACCGAGACAUAUGUUAGGUCGUCAUCCUGGUUCGAUGGACUACGUCGAAGGUUUCGGCAAACCCGGUUGCGUUCUUUCUUUAGAAAAUGUCCCAUUCAAAGCAGACAUUAAUGAAAUAAUAGACUUUUUCGGUGAUUUUGAUGUUAAACGGGAAAACGUAAUAAGACGUUACAAUGAAAGGGGUAUGCCUACGGGUGAUGCGCGGGUAGCAUUUUCUUCACCUAGCGAGGCCCAACGUGCAUUGAGAGAAUUGAAGCAUUGCAAGAUGAGGGAUCGGACCAUAUACAUGAAAUUAGCGUGAGUGGAUGUUUCCGGUCGUGGCAACGACUCCAAGAGAUCGACUUUACGAAGGAGAACGAAAUAAUCAUUUAUAUUAUUCGUAUCUUUUGAAAACUUAUCGUCAUGAUAAUCGUCAUGAUGAUAUCGUCAUCAGCUCGGUUCGGUUCGGCUCGGUUCGGCGCUUGGUUAAAUUUGUUUGGUCACAAGUCGAUGAUCAUUGUCGUUGGGACUAAAAAUAAAAUGAAUUUCCUUGCUCGAAAGCCUACACCACGAGCUUUCUUUUUUUUUUUAGGUAGAAAUAUUUUUUACGAAAAUAAUUAUAAUAAUAUUAAUAAUAAUAAUAAUACU